AUGGAAAGGUUCCUCGAAAUCCCUCCUCCUCCGAACCCGAGCCUGAAGAGAACCGACAGUGAAGACAUUUUGCAGACUGGGAGUGGGAGGUUCAGACUGGGAGUGGGGAGGUUCAGACUGGGAGUGGAGGUUCAGACUGGGAGCGGAGGUUCAGACUGGGAGUGGAGGUUCAGACUGGGAGUGGGGAGGUUCAGACUGGAGUGGGGUUCAGAUGGUCGCAGUAUGAAGCGGUACACGAAGUCGUUUGAGCAGGAUGGGCGAGUGAAGGACCGCGCCCAGAUCCAGCAGGCAGCCACCGAGCUGAUCGGCUCUCUCUCCAAGAGGCCCAACAGCCCCGUGAUGCUCGCCGUGGUGGAGGUCAAGGUGGAGACCGUCACCACGACGGCGCCCGUCGACUACCUGGUCCCGGUGCUGGUGUGUGUGUUCGGGGCGCUCUGGGUGGCGUGCAUCGCCGUCUGCAUCUGCUGGACGCGCAAGAGGAAGAAGGACCGGCGGGAGGCGGAGCUGGCCGCCCGCGACCGCACCGUCAACAACCAGCUGCAGCCGCUGGCGCCCGGCCACGCCCACAAGGACAACCGCCACAAGGACGCCCGCCACGAGACCCGCAAGCUGAUGCUGGAGCGGGCGUGCGACGGGGCGGAGGACGGCGGGGGCGGGGACGAGGACGAGGAGGAGGCGGCGGCGGCGGGGGCGGGCCGCUGGGAGGAGGAGGCGGCGCAGCAGGAGGCGCAGCAGGGGGGGGGCCAGGACGAGGAGGCCGGGGAGAAGCGGAACGGGCCGGGGGUGAAGCCGUCCAACGCCAAGGGUUCCAUGGCGGGGCUCAUGGACAGAGGGAUUGUGGGUAACGGCGGGCUGAUCUGUACGACGCGCCCGCUGAAGGGGCCCCACCGGACGGCUUACAGCCCCAAGGACAACCGCUGUAAGAACCUGAACGCCGCCAAGCUCUGCGACGACAUCAGGGACCACUACGUAUGAGGGAGGGGCCGGCGGCGGGGCCAGGGGCGGGGCCGGGGGGCGGGGCCGGGGGGCGGGGCCGAAGGUCCGGACAUUUCAACCGUUGAAGCACCAAAAGUGAAGAUUUAUGACGUUCUACUCUUCUGUUUGUUCUGUUCCACCGUUCUGAGGUUUGCGUUGGCGAGCCGGACACGUUUUGUUUUUUGGGUUGUUUUUUUUUUAACCAAAGAAGAAAAAGAAAAGAAAAAAACCCUGCAAAAAAGAAGGAAUUUUGAUGUCGCAGCUUUCAGGACCGGUCUGCAUUUCAACGUAAAGAAAGGAUUUCUUCCUUGACAUUUUUUGUUUUUUUUGUUUUUGUUUACAGCUUCGGACUGCUGUUUACCCACAAUGCAUCCUGAGAGCAUUUAUGUAUCAUGUGACCAAGGCUCCGCCCUUGAGUUUCAAGAGGACCGGCCAUUGGCUAAAAGGAGUCACAUGGGCCUUAGCCCCAACAUGUGGGCCUUUUGUACACCCCUCAGAUACCUGGACCCUUUUGUAAGUCUGUUUAAAACACAGCAGGUUUUAUACACAGACAUAUAUAUCAGGACUUUGAAAAAUCUGCCGUGGAAAAAAUUCAGGCAUGGGUAAGUUUUGUUUACAUUCGCAAACAUUGUUUUUCUCUUCAUCUAUAACUGUAUAAAGGCUUGUGAGGAUUGUAUGUUACCCUUGUCAUAGUCCACAGAACAUUUCAACCUGUUAGUGCUCAUGUUUUUCAGUAUUUGCUUGGAUAGAAAGUGCCUUCGCGUUCUUCUGUUUGGUGUUGAGUUUUGGCGACGCCAUGUUUAAGUGAAUAUAAAGGGACACAUCCAACUAGCAGAAAGAUCUUUGCCAUGUACAUAUGUAAAUAUCCAAAUGGCUGUGUAUAAUUCAAUCUAGUAACUUAAGUCACACCUUGUAUCAUAGCUAUUUUAAAGAAUAAGAUUAUUCUGUGGCAGUUUUUCCAUCUUUAUUUCUCUUCGUUUUAAUUUUUGUCCAAAUUAUGUCAUUCCGAAUAUCCGUGUCCGUGGACACUUCGAGGUUCAGUACAGACGAUUGAUUAUUGAUGAUCAUCGAUCCUACUUAAUCAGUCGAGCAGUGCUGAGACAUGACAACGAACCACUACCGUCAUGUUUGUGUUGAUGUCGUUUGUCGUUGUUUAUUUGUUCCAGUGUUCGGGAUCAGGAGAAAGAUAUGCAGUGAGAUGUGCGCUAGGGGCUGGAGGUAGUGUUGUUCUUCUGACCUUCCCUAAACCCCAGACCCCUCAGCAGCACAGAGUGUGUAGUAGGAGAUGAGAGGCCUUCUUAUCCGUCUUUUCCCUCUGUUCUGUGAUAGGGAAGCUUUGGCAGCCAUUUUACUUUGAUAUUUUGGCAGUCCAACCGCUCAAAGUUCAAAUGGCACACAGAGACUUCCUGCUUUACUCUAGAGAUCCAGGUUAUUGAUCAAAAGCCCACAAGGGAAAACCGAUCAGAAACUAUCAUAGUGAGCAGUCUGGUUUGGUGCCCAGGAGCAAUGCUACUCACCCAGAAACGAAUCCCCAUUACCCACCACGCUGAGACCAGAGCCAACAGCAGGCAUGACAAUGACAGCCCUUUCAAAGCAAAAGCCCCCUCCCCCUCUCUCCCUGUCAAAGUGAGUAAAAGUUUGAAUCGUGAACGAUCCAAAAAGACAAUCCAGCCGCCCGCCAGCUCUCGGACGCUUGGCAGGGAGAGAGACUUCACUCUUGAAUCUAAAUUCAAAACAGUCGCAACAUUUGAAUCAAUAAGUGGAAGAUAAGGCCCGUGUGUGUGUCGGGGGGGGUGGGGUGGGUCUGGUGGUACGGGUAAGACUGCGAAUCUUUUGGUUUUCCGCUCACCCCGGCUGUCCAUCUGGAUGUUGGUCAAAAGAAGGGAUCAAGAUGUUGCUGACGAUGUUGUGGUUUGUUGCGUUUGCGUUGUGUUUCUGCGCUCGGAACACCAGACUGUUGUUAAAUCAUCCACGCAAAUACUGUUAUUAUUUCACACUUAAAAUAAGGAGUUCAGCAUUGUUCCACUCUGAAUUAUUCACAACCUUUCAGUGCUUCGUUUCCGAAUGAGACUAGAAAACUUUAUCGACCACCUUUCAGUUUUCAAUGUGCAGAAACUUUAUUAUUUUGUACAGAAUUUGGCAGUCUUGGUUUGUUUGUUCUUAGAACGAUCUUACUAUUUAUUAAAGUAUUUUAUACCAAA